GAGUCAGUGUUGGUCACCUUUAUAAGUCCAGUUAUUUUUGACUGGACUAGGACUAUAAGUCCAGUUACUGGAAAUUAUAAGUCCAAUGGUCCAGUUUUAUCAAGUCCAGUUAGUAGGAGCACAUGA